ACUUUGAACACAGACUUGAACGACUCCAAAAAGGCAUUCAACCAAGCACCCAAUUUACUUACCCAGCGCCGCAGUUCCGUCCACUCUCUGAGGAGCUCUGAGGUGCUAUUGCGACAGCGGGGUAGUCCUGUAGAUACCCGCCGUAGAGACCAACUUGUCCUAGAUCCAGAAGGACCACCAAGCAGGACUACUUCUAGUAAACGCCAUGGUUUUCACUUCGCAGGGUGACGGGCAGCCACAUUCGCGGAGUAGACACUCCCACGACUAUACGGCUCUCCCGCACCAUAGUAAACACAGGGAUGGAUCGUCGAAGUUCCUGAAGCGGCCGCCACGCGUAUGCGGCUUGUCCGUACCAAGAGCCUUCUUGUGCGGAGUGUUGUUCUCCAUAGGAGGCUAUCUCAUAUUGCAGGCUUUUGUGAAAGGCGGAGGGCUACAUAACAUAUCCUCCUCGUUUUCGAAAGCGAGCUCUGCCUUGAAUGGAUGCCCGAAUCCCGAACCCGACCGGCCACCAAUUCAGUACGCCCUUGUUAUGGACGCGGGAUCUACGGGCUCGCGCCUUCACGUUUACCGGUUCAACCACUGCCACGGGCCAUCGCCAGCAUUGGAAGACGAAGUUUUCGAGCAGUUAAAGCCAGGAUUAAGUUCUGACAAAUUCAAAACGCCCGAGGAAGCGGCAAACUCGCUUGAUCCAUUGUUGGAGGUGGCAUUGAAGAGCGUUCCCGAACGUCUCCGUGCUUGCACCCCGGUUACGUUAAAGGCUACUGCUGGUUUGCGGAUGCUGAAGGACGGCAAAGGUGAUAUGAUCCUCGACGCUGUGCGUCGAAAGCUGGAGAAAGAGUCGCCCUUUGCCCUCGUUGAAAAUGGGGUUACCAUCAUGGCGGGCAAGGACGAAGGUGUUUACGCGUGGAUUACCGUAAACUAUCUCCUGAAAAGGCUUGGCCAGAAGGAAAAACUGCCGACCGCCGCAAUCAUGGACCUCGGCGGUGGAUCCACACAAAUCGUGUUUGAGCCUGACGCGAAAACCCCGAUGGAACCUGGAGAUCACAAGUACGAGCUGAAGAUGGGCCCACACAAGUACAUCCUGUAUCAACACUCGUAUGACGGGUAUGGGUUGAUGCAGGGGCGCCAUCGUGUCAAGCAGGCAGGAGUGGCUAGCAAGAAAUGGCCAUGCUACGCGAUUGGGCAUAAAGACGAAUAUCUUGACGAUGCGGGAACUAUCCAUACCAUUGAAGGGUCGGGGACCGAUCAUGAUGCAUGUGCCGCAUUCAUUCGCACGAAACUAUUCGAUAAGGCAACUUGCCCUGCGCCGAAAACUUCUACAUCACCGCCCUCGUGUUCGUUCAACGGUGUCUACCAGCCGUCCCUGGCGGCCAGCUUCGCCGACAACGAUAUUUACGCCUUCUCGUACUUUUUCGACAAAUUCGCUGAACCGUUUGGUCUCGAAACGUCGGAAAAAGGAUUCUCGGUCGGUGAGCUGCGCGCAGCGGCCGAGAAAGUAUGCUCGGGCAAGCUGACACCACAAGAUCUCGCGAAACUCACAGCCGAUGGCACACUUCCCAAGCAAAUUGUCGAACUCUUCAGCGACCCUGAAUGGUGCACCGAUCUCGGCUUUAUGUACGGCCUGUUGAGCGUGGGAUACGAUAUUCCAGAUCAGCGCAUCCUCAAAACAGCAAAGAAGAUCAAUGGAGUGGAAACGGGAUGGGCGCUAGGUGCCGCUUUGGAUGUGGUCGAUGGAUGGGGAACAAAGAAUGGGAAGGGAAAAUGUGCUGCACCCGCAGUUAAGGAGAUCACCCGUUGAGGAUUGGGAAACUUUAAUGAUAUUCCUCGCUAUCAGAAGUCGGACAGAUAGACAGUAUGACUUGCGCAUGGCUGACCUCCUCAUAUGUCAAUAGUAUGGCUUUUUGAUUGGGGCUUGCGAUCUCGCCACGAAUGUUCUCUCGUCUACGCGGCUCUCAACCACAUUGAGUGUACUGUAUGAGAUGCGUGUCGGUCGACUCGACAAGACUCCUUACAUAUCUAUUGUAUAUGUAGCUCAGUGGUGGUGGGGAACACGCUGUUGCACGCGAAUAAUAUCGUUAUGCAGAAAAUUCCUUCUUUACACCGGAUGUUCCCACGCAAGGAAAAUGAUCAAGUCACGUUGACCGUCUUUCAACCCGCUUAUUGAGAAGUUGUUCAUCGAGCUUCGCGGCACACGUACGCCCAGUGAAUUCGCUCCAUCAGCCCCCCGCCAGAGCCACCGGCAGUCCAUCAUCUCAACCUGGUGCAUAAUAAGGCAGCGACUGGGGAGCGAAG